AUGGAAAUCAAAAUAGACAAUUUCAACUGGACUGGCUUAGACGCUUUCAAUGGCUAUCUUAUUGGCCUUAUAUUAUUGGCACUUAGUGGCCAUCAAACAAAAAGGAAUAACAUUAAUGCCAAUGUCAACCAAAAUCCUAUGGAGUGGUUUAAAAUAACAAUUUUUAUACCAUUUUUAGACCAUAUGAUCCAAGAAUUAAAAUCAAGAUUCAGUGAUAAAUUUGUUAAAGUUAUUCCACUCGAAGGUCUCAUUCCAAUUCAUAAAGAUUCAUAUAGCACUGAAGCUAUAUUAAAUGCUGCAAUGUUCUAUGAUCAAGAUUUACUUUCAAAUUCAGAUUUAGUAUUAAAAGCAGAAAUUAAUCUUUGGAAAACUAAAUGGAAUAAAAUAGAAACAAAUAUUCCUCAUACUGCUGUUACAUCACUCCCAUACUGUGAAGAAUAUUUUCCAAACAUCAAAAUCCUCUUACAAUUAUUUGCUACACUUCCAGUAUCAACAGCAACUGCUGAAAGAUCUUUUUCUACCUUAAGAAGAUUAAAAAAUUAUAUGCGCUCUACAAUGACUGAGUCUAGACUAAAUGGUUUAUUUCUAUUAAAUAUUCAUAAAGAUAAAGAUAUAGAUAUUGACAAAGUUGUCGAUCAGUUCUCAAGAAAAAAAAGAAGAAGAAUGCAAAUGGAGGAUUGGUCAAUAUAA